CAAAAGAAACAGCAAAAGCGGUCGAGCGCUUGUCUGCCUGCCUGCCUGCCCGACAACCACAACGACGACGACGGCCAACAAUUUCUGCGAAUUUAAUGUAGCUGCAAGUUUAACAAUAAAAUAAUAAAGAAACGGCACAAUUCAAGUGUAAAGUGCAGCACAACAACAACAAAUUAAGAACUGCAAAGUGUUAGACCAGCAAGAGAGUGAGGAGAGAGCGAGCGAAGGCGACGGCAGGGAGCAGAAUAAUUUGCAGUGUUUUCGCGACGUUUUCAACUAAUCAAAAUUGUGUGUGUGUUUUUGCAAAAGCCUUACUUGGGAACUGAGACACACCAACAAGAGAAAAGACUGUAAUACGCGUUAUGUCUUCAACUCCAGCAGCGGCGUCUGGUGCUGGCAGCAGCGCCACCAGCACCAGCGUUGCGGCCACAUCCAGCGCCAGCUCGUCAAGCAGCACUGCCUCCACCAAUCAAUCCACAGCCGCCAGCACUCCAGCACGCGGACGCGGUGGCGCCAACACGAAUGGUGGCACUGCUGCCACCAAUGCGGCAUCGGGCAGCAACAAUUCGACGGGAUCGGUGGCCAGUGAUGAGCCACGCAAGGAUACUAAGUCAACGCCUAGAAUAUCGAAAGCACUGGGCACCUCGGCCAAGCGCAUACAAAAGGAAUUGGCUGAAAUCACAUUGGAUCCGCCGCCCAAUUGCAGUGCCGGACCAAAGGGCGAUAAUCUAUACGAAUGGGUCUCAACCAUAUUGGGACCACCUGGCUCCGUCUAUGAGGGUGGCGUUUUCUUCCUGGACAUACACUUCUCACCGGAGUAUCCGUUUAAGCCGCCCAAAGUCACAUUUCGCACACGCAUCUAUCACUGCAAUAUAAAUAGCCAGGGCGUUAUUUGUCUGGAUAUAUUAAAGGACAAUUGGUCGCCGGCGCUGACCAUAUCAAAAGUUUUACUCUCGAUUUGUUCCCUGCUCACAGAUUGUAAUCCUGCUGAUCCUUUGGUUGGCAGCAUUGCCACGCAAUAUUUGCAGAAUCGUGAGGAGCACGAUCGAAUUGCGCGUCUUUGGACAAAGCGGUACGCAACAUGAUGCGCAAGUCUCAGCAUUACACACGUACCACAAGCUGCAACAAGAAACGAAAAUUCGCAAAUUAUAAAUAUAUAUAUUAAAGUACGCUAACUAUUAACUUAACAACAUAACAUACAAGUCAACAACAACAACAACAGACGACAACAACAAGAAGAACAACAACAAGAACCGUAAAUAGCUAAACCAAACCCCAAAUCGAAAAGGGGCAAACAAAAUCUUACUGUACUUGUUAAUUUGUCAUUAUGCUAAAUACACAAAACAAAAAACACUUACGAGUUUCAUACAUAUGUAUAAUUAUUUAUGCAAGCAAAAAGUGAAAAGUAAUUGAUUAGUUGCAUGUUUAAUUUGUUUGUUUAUUUUGUUUUAAAGACAACACUUAAAAAACAAUCGAAAACAUAAAUAAAACAUACUGAAACGGAACUUUGGCAUAUGAACUAAUCAACUACAUAAAUAAAUAAUUAUAAAUACCAUUAGUUUACAUUACGAGUAUCUGUACAGUGUUAAGUAAAAAUUGAGCUAAACAACAACAAACUAACAACAACAAAGCCUAUUUUGGUAAAUAUACUUAAAAAAUGCUUAAACACACAAUCACAAAUCGUCAGGGCAUUACAUUUUGUAAUUUUGAGCAAAUUUUUCAUUAUUAUAAAUUCCCAUAGAAAAAACAAAGACCUCCUGAUCAAUCAAAAACAAAAAAAAAAGUAAAAAGACUCGAUGUAGAAACGAAUUACAAUAUAUUUAUACAACAAUUUAAGACACAAAUGUUUCAAAAUUGCAAAAAUCUUUAUGUUAUUUAUAAACAAUUUGAUUUAGUUUUUCUUUUAAUGUGAUAUCUGUAAGCGUCAAAUUUGUUCUUUGGCUAUUCUCGUGCUGUAAAAACUGUGUAUUAUUAAUAAAAAAAAAAUGCGAGCAGUAAUAAAUAUUUAAAAAUGAUAUAUGAAGAUUACGCAAAGAAUCCAAAAUUUGCGUAGUAUUUUAAACAAAACGAAAUCAGAAUUUAUAAUAACAUCAGAAGCAUGCAUAAAAACCAAUAAAAAAAAACUUCCUAUUAUUUUGUAAUUUUAAUAACUCGAUUUAGAGAAACAAAAUAAAAGAAUGCAUAAGAAUAAAGGAUAAGUUUAUGAGCAAGAAACUUGAAUAAAAACGAAAUAAAGGAAAUUAUUAAAUAA